AUCAUUUCCCAAACCAUGUUAUUAAUUUCCACAGGCAAGAGACGUUUUAAUAUCAAACUCUGGAAGACAUUUACAGACUGCUUCAACUGCCUUCCAAUUGCCGCAAUUGUGGAUGAGAAAAUCUUCUGUUGCCAUGGAGGACUGUCACCAGACCUGCAAUCGAUGGAACAGAUCCGCAGAAUCAUGAGGCCAACGGAUGUUCCUGACACAGGCUUGCUGUGCGACCUGCUGUGGUCAGAUCCCGACAAGGACGUUCAAGGCUGGGGCGAGAAUGACCGUGGUGUCUCUUUCACCUUUGGAGCGGAUGUGGUCAGCAAAUUUCUGAACCGGCAUGAUCUGGAUUUAAUCUGCCGUGCCCAUCAGGUUGUUGAAGAUGGUUACGAAUUCUUUGCGAAACGCCAGCUGGUCACUUUGUUUUCUGCUCCGAAUUACUGUGGAGAAUUUGAUAAUGCCGGGGGAAUGAUGAGUGUGGAUGAAACAUUAAUGUGCUCCUUUCAGAUUCUGAAGCCUUCGGAAAAGAAGGCCAAAUACCAAUACGGCGGCCUGAAUUCUGGCCGCCCUGUCACACCCCCUCGCACGGCAAACCCACCCAAGAAGAGGUGAACGGCAAGGACACAGCCCUGAACACCUUACAUUUGUACACAGAGAAAGCUACCCGUAUACCCAUUCAUAUUCCAAUGUGUGUGUGUGUCCCGUAGGCACUCUGCCAGUCAUCUGCUACUGUCUGUCUGUCUGUCUUUGUGAGCCUCGAUGCUUGUAAAAAGAAAUAACCAAGUCUUUUUGAAAACUGUUUUCCAGUAAAUGCGCAGGUGUGGCAUAUUGUAAUGUAAAUCAAUGUACUACCGGUAACCAGUGAAUCUUAUUCAUAUUUUGUUUGGACUGGGAUGAAGGUUAGCUGAUCCAUGGCUGGGAUAAAGCACUCUACCUUCAAGCUUGCUCGAGCAUUUAUCUUUGACAUGUGCAAUGGUUAUAUCUGAAGUUGUGCAAGUGCGUGUACAGGUUUGAUGCAGAGCCACCAAGGUCUGUUCAGCUAGAAACUCCAUUAAAGCACUGGGGUCUUUCACACAGUUAACUGGUUCUUGCGGGUGGGGGUACUUAUGGAACUAAUCCUGUGCUAUCACUCAUAUAAUGUAAUAAAAUGGAACUGCAUAUGCUGGUUUGUACCAAAGUGCUGGAUUACUCUGGCAUUUUGCUUGGGCCCCUUUGUGCUAAUUGUACAUGUGUGCUGUUUGCCACCUCGUUGUGGAGGCCAUUAUUUCUCUUGUGGUUCUCCAAACUAACCUACAGCUGCUCAAUAUGAAACUUAUUUAUGAAAGCCCAACAGGGCGGCGUGGGCUAGCCAGACGCUGAGUGGCGAUAUAUAACUUCACAAACCGACUUUUAAAGCUUCUGUUUCCCCCCCCCCCCACCCGCAGAGAAUCAGGCCCAGAGGAAGCUUCAAGGUAGUAAUCGUAUAAUCCCAGCGUUCGCCUUUAAUGAUUUGGUAUCGUUUUGUGUGGGGACUGCAUGAAGCUUAUGUGCUCCAAUCUUUGUGACACCAGGUACGUGAUACCAUCGGAUAUCUCGACCGUCGCAACUAGCUGUAAAAGCCCUCAACAGGGACUAACCAAGGAUUAAAACAUCUCUAUUUUUUUUUUUUUUUUUUUUUUUUACCAAAAUUCUGAAGUUUCAUCCCAGUCCUGUGAGUUUGCAUCAGUGUUUGAAGGACUUCGGGGUGGGGGGGGGGGGGGGGGGGGGGGGGGGGGAGACGUCGGCAACUGUUAUCAUAAUUGGGACACCAUCUAAUUUGAAUGUGCACACUACAUAGUCUAAAGGUCUGUUUUUUUUUUAGAAAUUAAAAACCGCGAUUGCAUGAUUUACUGAUAAUACGUAGCAGCCCUUGUUUUUGUGAUUUGUGUUUGAAUACUUCUGAAGACUGAACCUGUAGCUUUCCAAAGGCAAGAUCACUGUGCACUGUCUUUGAGGGCCAGUCCCUUCAUUGUGUACAUCAGUCACCAUGAGGCCCAGGGGCAUGUUUCUGUUGAGAUCGUUUUUGUUAAGGAUGCCCUACUUCUGCUGUUUUCAAUACAAUCUUAUACCUGA